UAUUCAUAGUAGUUUUCUUUAAAUACUUCAAUAAUUGCCUAACCGUGGCGCGGCCCGCCGGCGUUCACCGGCACCGCCGCGUCCGGGAACAGACCGACUGCCGCCUUCCACGUGCCCGCGGGUUCUCCCUCAUCGAGGCAACCCACAGCGGCGCUGCCGCACCGAAGCCGAAGGGGGCCCAUCACUCCAGCGCUGGGUUAUCCGAGGCCGUACCGGCGCUGGCAGGAGGCGGAGGGCGCGCCCUGAAGGAAUCUUCCUGAUUAGACAUGGCUUGCUCUGACCUGGCUCAGCUGCACUCUACAGCACCCUCUGGGUAUAGCUGUGCUCCCUUAUCUCCUUGGCAUUGCGAAAAGUAGGUUGAAGGUGUGAUGGCAGUACAAGACCCGCAAGCAUCAGCUUGUAUGGUCUGUCAUUCAUCUGCAUAUAUCUAUGUUCUUGCUCUGUGCUUGGGCAUCGUUGGCAACUUGGCAUUGUGGCUGGCUUGGCUACUUCUCUGCAGAAAUCAAGUAUUGGCUCUUGGCAAAGGCUGCUCUUUUGCUCUGGGCUUGGGGUUUCCGCAUCCUUGGCAUAUAGACUGCUUCUCUGCAUAAGUAUUGGCUUCUUCAAAGAGCUUCUUGGCAAAGGCUGCUGUAUCUUGCUGUCUUGAUUCCCCACCAUUUUGAUUACAUUUGUCAUGGCGCCGGAUCAAGAUUAUGAUCAAGAUAACAGUCAUGUGGAUGAUACGCAGAAGUAUUUUUUCAAGUGCAUGGUUGGUGAUUUCCCAGAAAAAAUGGCCAUACCACAGAAGUUUGUGGAGAAUUUCAAAGGUCAUAUCUCUGAAGUUAUCAAGCUAGAAGCUCCUGAUGGAAACAUAUACAAUAUUCAGGCUAUCAGGGAUCUGAACAAGAUAGUCCUCGGACCUGGAUGGGGGGUAUUUGUCAGCUUUUACAAACUAAAAGUGGGCUACUUCCUGGUGUUCAGGUACAUCGGGGAUUCUCACUUCAAAGUUCUGAUAUUUGAUUUUGGAACUUGCUGUGAGAAGGAAGUGUUCCACGUUCCCAUGAACUGCGACCCUAAUGCCCAAGAAAAAGAAAGCAACAGUGAGUCCCAUCGAAGGUGCGAGCUCUGUGAUGUGCAUUUCUAUUGGCAUCACCUGGAUGAUAGGCAGAAGCAUUUCCUGAGGCUCAUGGUUGGCGAUUUCCGUCGAGAAAUGAGCAUACCACAGAAAUUUGUGAACAAUUUCAGAGGUCGGAUCUCUGAAGUUAUGAAGCUAGAAGCUCCAGAUGGAAACAUAUACAACUUUAAGGUUACCAAGGAUCUGAACAAGAUAGUCCUUAGAUAUGGAUGGGCAGCAUUUGCCAGUGAUUAUGAACUAAAAGAGCAUGACUUGCUGGUGUUCAGAUACAUUGGGGACUCUCACUUUAAAGUCCUAAUAUUUGACCCAAGUGGUUGUGAGAAACAAUCAGUCCACAUUGUCUUGAACCAUGCUCCUAAUGUACCAAAAACAGGCAUAUCUCAUGAUCGGUCAUUCAUCAGGGAAACCAGGCGCCGAGACUGUGGAUCACACGAUAACAACAGCAGGAAAACUAAAAAGAUGACUCUGGUGGACUCUCCUUCACCGAGAUUUGAAGGUGUCACAUCUCCAGAAGUCACCAUGAAUUCAGGUGGCCUUCGGGAAAUCACCGAGCUUCACUAUGUCCUAGCAACGGGGUGCAAUCUGACUACAUCACAGAAGGCAGAAGUCGACGCGCUUGUGAAGAAAGUUAGGCCUGUAAUUCCAUUUUACAUCACAGCCAUGAACAAGACAAGCAUGUCCGGAUCUCUGGUCAUCUGCAAGGAUUACGCUGCCAAAUACCUUCCACAUGAAGACCAAUUCAUCACACUCUGCCAUCCUCAUAAGAGCAACAUAUGGGUAGAUAAUUUGAAGGUUAUCACUGAUGGUUCAUGCAUGCUUUCUGUUGGCUGGUCGUGCUUCGUUCUCCACAACGAGUUGCGGGAAAGUGACAUCUGCCUAUUUGAAGUAUCGAAAAACGACGGUGAAGUGACAAUGGUUGUUCAUUCUCUUGAAGGAGGUCAUCACCUACAAGGGAAAAAGCCCGAAUCUCAAAACAAGUGCAGUUAUCCAGUUAAGGUCGAGGUGACCGAGGAAGAGGAGAGUGACAACGAACUUGCUGAGUCCAACUACUACUACUCAAGGUAUGCCUAUGACCUGACCGGCAAGGAGCAAGAGGAGAUAUUCAGGUCAGCGUUGAUUCAACAGGGCAAUCCGGUAUAUGUCGCCGUUCUGCAGGAGAAUCAUGUUAGCAGCAGGAAUAACUUGCUGACCUUCCCCAGAGAGUUUGCGGCUAAGCAUCUUGCGGAGAGGUCGCAUGACAUCCUGCUCCUGAGACCUAACAGGAGAGAGAAGUGGUGCGUGAGGUACUACUACCAUUCUAUGAUGAGGAUACAGGGUUUCAGCUACAGUUCCUGGACCAAGUUUGUCUGUGACAACAGGCUGCAUGAGGGCCACGUCUGUGUCUUCGAGCUGAUGAAAAGCGCGUGCAAGGCGACGAUGAUGGUCCACGUUUUCAGGAAGUUCAAUGGCAGGUUUGUUCUGCUGGACUAACUAGCUACUUCUGCGUAGCUGCAUCCAUCUUAAUUUGUCGUUGAAUAACUGAAGCGGUUGCCACUGGGACCUGAAAUGAGAGUAGCUUGUGUACCAGCAGAAGUAGUUGCCUUUUUUUCUUUUGAGGGGAAGUAGAAGUAGUUGUAGAAACGUACCGUAUGAAUGUUCACUCCUGAUUCACCACUCAUGACUGUGAUUUCAGAACCAAGAGGAGUAUUUCAGUGCUUGUAGCCGUAGGUAAAAGGCAUGCCAAAGCAUCUAUGGCUCACUCCCCUGAAAUUUUAUUGAAUGUAAAUCGGUUGACUGAAAUUUUAUUAAAUCUAAGCCGAGUCCCAGCUAGUGGAUAGCUGUGUGCACAUGUUACUCGAGGACAACUACUCAGCUAAUCGGCGACGAAAAGUUUUAACUUGUAA